UAACCGCUUCGACGCCGCCACGCUGUCAUCGCUCUUUAAGGAGUGACCCAAAGCUUUUUGUUACCUUGAACUGUAUUUAAAAAUCACAAAUUCUACUGAAAUAAGGUCUUAACGUGUUUCAAACGGACUCAGGUUAUUUAAUAAUAGUAAUAGUAAUUUAUCCCCUGGUCACGUGACAGAUACUUUUAGUCAUGGCCGACGACUACAGGCGACAAGGUUUCGAGUUGGAGAGAAGAAUAUUCGAGUUAGACAUUAAGUGUUUGAGUCUCAGAUCCGAAAAGCCAGAUGAUGACUAUUUGCAGAACGCGUCAGCCAUACUAGAAAAGUUAAAAAGCUUUUACACUCAAGGAGGGGAGAGUAGCAACUUGUCCAAGCUGCUUCAAGAUUACACACAGGUGAUUCUUGACAUAACUUUUUUUGAAGAAAACAAGCUGGUCGACCAGGAAUUUCCUGAGGACACUUCACCUUUUAAAAUCCAGCAACUGCUGCAAGAUUUAACUGAGCCUGAGGUGUUGGUUGCAAAGCUAGCAUCAGGACAGGAGGUGCAGUCUGUGUUGGGAACCGAGCUGCUUGAGUGCCUCUACUGGAGAAGAGGAGCUCUGCUGUACAUGUACUGCUACACCCUUCAUCAAAGAAAACAGUGGAUCAAGAAAAAUAAAGAUGCAUUCCUUAAGUGUAUUCAGGAAGGUGUGCGCUACCUGAUGCGGAUGCUGCAAGUGAGGAACUCUGUGAAGCUCAAUGAUGGCGUGGUGCUCCACGACAGUGCUACAGCUAGUAUCCUAUCUGAAGGCAUCUUUUCAGACACACAUCUUUUAACUAUGAUGUACAUCGGGGAAAUGUGUUUCUGGGCAGUGAAGUACGAGGACUGCAGCUCUGACACUACAGACCGCAAAGAAGAUCACCUCCAGUUUCGGGACAUUGGUACACAGAUCCUCAACAAAUAUGUGCUUGCUUGUGAAGGCCCUUUGCAUGGUCAGGGCUGGAAUACAGAGAAUGCCAAGGAAAUCCUUAGUAUUUUACAGUGAGCUCUGUUGAAGUUGCCCUCAGGCUAAAAAUACAUAAAUAAAAAAAAAAGAUCAGUAUUUUAAUGUUAUGAAAUUUUGUUGGAAGUGAAGAGGGGUUGAAGAAGGACAUGUUUUUUGAUCUUUAGGUAGCUUAAUAUUAAGCCCAAAGGUCCUGCUUAAAGCAGAUAAGUGGGAGGCUAAAAAGUUUAAAGAGUAGAGAUAUAAAACAGGUUACAGGAGAGAGGCUGCUGAGCAACAGUUUGACUUGUUCUGCUGACACAGCAAGUGCUGUUGUUCCGAUUCAGACUGUUGCCUAGGCUGCGUGUUAUGCUCUAAGAAUGUGUUUAUAAUAACAAUAAUAUUAGUAUUAAGAGGACAUUAAUUUAAAACAAAAAAAGUAAUAUCUCAUAUGUUAUAUGUUUUAAAAGAAUUCACCUGGGAAUGACACACUGCACAACAGUGUUUUCUUUAAAGUUUUUGUGCCAUUCUUUUUUUUUUUUUUUUUGGUUAUGCUUUUAUGAUUUGAAAACGAAUACUCUGUGUAUAAAAACACAUGGAGCAAAAACGUGUAAAAAAAAUGACUGAUGUGUUCUUAACUGAUUUAAAUAUGUUCAGAUGUAAUUUUACCAGCUUUGUAUUGCAGCACUUCUAUUCCCAUCGAUAAUAAAUUCCAUUUUCCUUGUAUUCCACUUUCAUUACAGUGAUGUCGUAACUAUUAAAGAAUUUGUGUUGUUUGAACAAAA